AUGGAUAGAAAUAAUUCAUUUAUAAAUUAGAUUGAUAGUUUUAUUGAGACUACAAUAUAAGGUUAAGGUUUAGAGAAGACAGAGUUUAUGUAAUAUUUGAAUAGUAAGAAAACAAAUGGUGAUAAAAUUGAAUUAUGGAAUAUGGAUGAGAUUAUAAUAGCUGGUGAAGAGUUUGUAACAUUAAAAUAGCAAUAGUAAGAAUGAUUAUGAUUUUAAGAUAAUAAACAACUGAGAUGGUAAAAUAUGAGAACAAUCAUUAGAAUUAAGUACCUUAUCCUGAAUUUAAUGAUUAUGAAUCUCCCCCUAGUUAUAUUCCUUAAUAAUAAUAAUAAGUUAUUAAAUAAGGAACUUUAAAGGAGGAAAAAGAAGGUUUAAUGUAAACCCCUUAACCACCUAUGCCUUAAUAAGUGAACUUUCAAUAUAAUCCAAUUAUACCAGAAGUUUAAAGAUAUAAGGUGUAUCCAGUUAAUUAGAUGUAGAUAAAUUAGAAUUCUUUUUUGUAUAAACAUCCAAAUAUUGAAGUGAAGAUAUAAAGUUAUUAAGAAUAAGCUGGAUCAUUAUUUUCUAAAUCUUAUAUUCUUUAUAAUAUAACAUUAGAUCCAUAUGGAUAUUUUAUUAGCAGAAGAUAUUCUGAUUUUGAUAAAUUAAGAGAAUAUUUGGUUAAAAAUUAUCCAGAUUAUUUUGUUCCACCAAUUCCUAAGAAAGUUUCUUCAAGUACCAAAAAUAAGAUAGCUGAUUUUAGAUAAUAAGCUUUAGAGAAAUUUAUGAAUACAAUUAUUAAAUAAUUCUGGUUUGAUAAUUUGGUUGAUAACUUUUUUGGUUGUUAAAAUGAUAAUGAUCUUUAGAAUAAAUUUAAAUAGGCAAAAUCAAGAUAAUAUGAUAUCUAAAAUUUAAUGACUUUAAAUGGAUAAAUUGAAUGUUAAAUUAGUUCAUAAAUUGAAGGAUUCUUUCAAUAUUAAUAAAGUACUUUAAAUAAAGAAAUGGAAUGUUAUAAUAAUAUUAGAUAAAUAUCCAAGAAAAUAGUUGGAAUAAAUAAAUAAUUAAGUUAAGAAUACAAAUUGUUAGCAGAUUAAUUUAUGAUUUUAUAAUUAAGAAAUAAAAACUAAAAUGAAUAGAUACCUGAAAAGGUUGAUGAAAUUUAUUAUAAAAAUUUAAAUUAAAUGUUUUUGACAUGGAGUAAAAAAUAAGAAGAUAUUGGAUUAGUUAUUACAAAACAUUUAAAUUAUUUUUAUAAAUAUUAAAACUAAGUUAUAGAAACAUUAAAAGAGAAAAUAAAAUAAAGAGAUUCACUUCGUGAUGAUACUGUAAAUAAAUUAUAAAAAUUAGAAAGCAAAAUAGAUAAAUAAUUUAAAGAAUUAAAUGAAAGUUAAGUUCAGUAAAAAGCUAUAGAUAUUGUGGGAGAAAAACAAUAAAAAGAAAAAUUAUUUCCAAAAGAAUCUAAAUAGUUUGAAAAUAUAUAAGAUAAUUUCGGAUACCUUAAUAACAACAUUUAUCAAUAAAUAUAGAUAAUCAUGAAUCUAAAUUAAUACUAAACUCAUUAAUCGAUGUUAAAAAUGCAAUAGAAAAUCACAUAAAUUUAUUUAGAAAUGAAUAAAGAGAAUGAAUAAUUAUAUGGAAGAAAUUGA